AUGGGAUCAAAGAUCAGUUGCAUAAGAUCACACUACGACGACGAUUAUAUAUCCAAGAUUGUAGUGUCACACCCAAUAAGAACUGAUGUAUGGGAUGUUCAACCACUGGAAGAAGAGGCCGAGAACCAAUCAAACAUAAUUACACCACCCGAAGUGUCAUGUUCUACUAGACAUACAACAACUUCACCCAAUGAUCUACUAAAGUUAAUCAAUUCAGUCUCGUUCGAAUUGGACUCUAUCGAGCUGAAUGACGAUGACUCUAUAUCAUUUAUGUCAUUGGAGCUCCUACAACACAUUGCAUCGUACCUACGAGUGGAGGACAUCAUCACAGUUCAAUCAGUCAGUCGAUUCUGGUACAUGGUCGGUGGAGACAAUCAACUCUGGAAGAUGAUAUUCAAGAGAGACAUGAGACACUGGAAGAAUGAUAAACAGCCAAAGGAGUUGGUGUCCAGAUAUGAUAGGAUCAUGGAUGUCAAAUGGAAGAAGAUCUACUGUGACAUCUAUCGUCAGCGUGUGUGCACCAGGUGCAAUGUCACCUAUCAACAAUACAGUAACACUCGAGCAUUGUGCACGAUGCACACUGACAUCAGAGAGAUCGUCGAGACAAACAGAGGUGUACCUUCAGGUGUCUACUGGAACUGUUGUUUGGCCAAGCCAAAGGAUGCUCCAGGUUGUUCACAAUCAGCUCACCAAGACGAACCAACUAAUCAUAAAUACUAUUAUUAA